UUUACUUUUGAGCUGUUCAGCUCACGUUAAAUCCACAGUCUCUGCUUUAGAAUCAAGGCAUUGUUUUCUUGAACCUAAAAUGAUGGUGAUUCAGAGGAGAAUGGACGGCAGUGUGAACUUCUACAGACCAUGGAAGCACUACAAGAAUGGUUUUGGGGACAAGUAUGGAGAAUACUGGCUGGGAUUAGAAAACAUCUACCAGCUCACACUCAAGAGGAAAUACGAGCUGAAGGUGGACCUGCAGGACUUUAGUGGACCAUCAGCUUUCGCUCGUUAUUCCUCCUUCUUUAUAGACUCUGAAGCUGAAGGCUACAAACUGCAUGUUAGUGGUUUCAUCAAUGGAGGUGCAGGUGAUUCUCUGGCUACACACAAUGGACAGAAAUUCUCCACCUUUGAUAAAGACCAGGACAUGAAUGCAGAGGGGAACUGCGCUAAAUCCUACCUCGGGGCUUUUUGGUACAGUGAGUGCCACAAUGCUAAUCCUAACAGGAUUUACCUGUGGGUAAAUGACGCCACUCAUUACGCCAUUGGAAAUGUGUGGUACCACUGGAAAGCCUUUGAUAAUGGUCUCAAAUACAUUGCUAUGAAGAUCAAACCUGUAGCAUAGUGAGGAGAUUCUCUUUAUAACAUCAUUGUUGUUCGUGGUGGAAGUGGUGGUGGAUUCUUCUCUUUCUUUCUCUCUCUCUCUCUCUCUCUCU